UGACAAUGACAGUUCAUUAGUUGUCAAAUUAUCACGAUAGUGUAGACUCCUAUUUUGUUGUUAUCGAGGUAUUAUUGUGAAAAAUUGCUAGAAACCUGUGAUGUUCUUAUAACACAACGUUAAAGUAAAUAAGACAAAAUGUCAGAAUCCUCGAAAUCAAAAUCUUCUUUAAAUUUAAAUCCGUCGCCUACUUUACAGUGCAAAGAUCUUCAUGAAUAUUUGAAAAGUCGUUCUGCUCAAUUUUUAGAAACUUUGUAUAAUUAUCCUACGAUAUGUCUCGCUGUUUACAGAGAGUUACCGGAGCUGGCACGGCACUUUGUGAUCAGACUGCUGUUCGUGGAGCAACCAGUGCCACAGGCGGUCGUCACAUCUUGGGUUUCACAGACAUUCGCCAAAGAGCAAGCCAAAGCAUGCGAGGCAUUAUCUGAGCUGUCAGUAUGGCAAGAGGCUCCAAUACCAGGAGGCAUGCCUGGCUGGAUGCUGGCACAGUCCUUCAAGAAGAACCUUAAAGUUGCAUUGCUUGGAGGUGGUCGUGCCUGGAGCAUGUCAUCAUCAUUGGAGCCCGAUGGCAAGGCCCGUGAUGUAGCAUUUCUGGAUGCAUAUGCACUGGAGCGGUGGGAGUGUGUGCUGCACUACAUGGUGGGCAGCGCACAGACCGAGGGGAUCAGUGCUGAUGCUGUCAGAAUACUGCUGCAUGCUGGACUUAUGACCAGAGAUGCAGAGGAUGGAUCGGCUGUCAUCACACGCGCGGGUUUCCAGUUUCUACUGUUGAGUACUGCUAAACAAGUGUGGCUCUUCCUACAACAUUACUUGCAUACGGCGGAAAAACGGAGCUUGAGUGCAGCGGAGUGCCUCGCAUUCUUGUACCAGCUCAGCUUUAGCACACUUGGCAAGGACUACAGCACAGAAGGAAUGAGUAACAACAUGCUAGUAUUCCUACAGCAUUUGAGAGAGUUUGGACUUGUCUAUCAAAGAAAGCGUAAAGCAGGUCGGUUCUACCCGACUCGUCUAGCGCUAAACAUAGCCCAGGUCCGUGGCGUGGGGGCGGCGCCCCUGGCUGCGCCGGCGCAGGCUCGCGGGUACAUCGUCGUGGAGACCAACUACAGGGUCUACGCCUACACACAGACCAACCUGCAGGUCGCACUGCUCGGACUGUUUACUGAGCUUAUGUACAGGUUCCCUAACCUAGUAGUAGGAGUACUGACUCGCGAGUCAGUCCGUCAGGCGCUGCGCGGCGGUAUCACGGCCGAGCAGAUCAUACACUACCUCGAGCAACACUCACAUCCACAGAUGUUGAAGUCGGAGACGGGCGGCAUCAGGACGAGCUCGAUGCUGCCCCCCACCGUGGUGGACCAGAUCAAGCUGUGGGAGACUGAGAGGAACAGGUUCACGUACACCGAGGGAGUAGUCUAUAACCAGUUCUUGUCACAGGCGGACUUCGUGGUACUCCGCGACUACGCGAAGCAGCAGGGAGUGCUGACGUGGCAGAACGAACGCUCGCGGACCAUGGUCGUCACGCGACACGGACACGACGAUGUCAAGAAGUUCUGGAAACGAUACUCGAAGAGCUCAUAGAUCUACAAUCAUAAAUACCUAGGAUACUAUGCUUGGCUCAUAAAACCUGAUUGUAAAGACUGCAGAUAGAUACCUACUGGAAACAAACUGUUAUACUGUUAUGUGAUGAUUUGUCUCCUGGGUGAAGUUGGACGGGGUUUUAGUAGAAAAUAAUGUCUAUCAUCUGUUUUAUAAAUAAAACAAAUUGACAAUAAGUAAAUGAAGAAUCUGAGGACAUCGUCAGAGUGGCGGGGAGCCAGUGGAUGCAGGUGGCGGCUUGUCGUUCUACGUGGAGGACCAAGGGGGAGGCCUUUGUUCAGCAGUGGACGUCUCUCGGCUGAUGAUGAUGAUGAUGAUGAAAUGAAGAAUUAAAAUGAGUACCUCCACUCCAAGGUGUAUGUGUAUUAAGUACCUACUGGUAAAUGAAGAUGAUAUUAGAAUAUGAAGUAAGAAGGAUAUUACAUUGUUUUCUUUGAUUCGGUUGAUCGGGUCCUCCCAGCCCAUAACUGGCCAUUAAUGGGAAUUACAUCUAAUAAGUGUAUCUCAGCUACUCUUUUAAGGAAUGAAAGGCGUUAUACUAUGUUUAUAAUUUAAUUUUAAUUGUGAUCUAGUAGAUAGUAAUGUUGUAAUGAAUGGAUUCUGCUGUGUUGCUAAUGAGGAGAUUGUGUUGAAUAGAUCUCUCGUUGUAUGCGAAAAUAGUUCCGAUAUUAGCGCUGUGCGUUACUACGUUGUAUCUGUAAAUAAACUUUUGUACAUUGAAA